UUCACAAUGACAUUCUAGCUUUUUGACGUUUACGCAUCAAUGUAUCGUACGUUCGUAGGAACUAUGUAAGCUGUGUGGAGAAAAAAGGCUGUUAAAUGGGCGAAGAAAAGAAGAAAGACGAGAUAGGUGGGGAGGGAGAAGACGAGAGAUUGGAGUUUAUUUCGGGUUAUUUGACGAAAUCCUAUAGGAUGAAACAGGAAAAGUGGAAUAAGAUGAUUGCUAUUGAUGAGAACAAGAAAAUGAUACUGAAGUUCCUCAACGAUCCAACUCAACGCAUGCUUCUAAUGACCAUCCCGGCGACUGGUCUGCUCACUCCAUUCACCUCGUUCAACAACCAAAUCAAGCAGAAAUUCACCUACUUCAUACGGAAGUGUCCGCAAGAGGUCACCUUGGAGAACUUCAACUCGGUGCUGACCUUUGGGGAUAUGUCCGGUAGACCCAUCGACGAUCUGUGCGUUCUGGUAGAAGGAGUUUUUGUGCCUUUGCUGUCGAACAGUGGCAACCAGGUGGGAUGGCCGAAGAUAGUGUCCCAGGACGUGGCGUCACAUGUGAGGGGUUUCAAAAACACCGUCGAUCAGAUCAAAGGCGCAAUGAAGAGCCAAGUGGUGCUCCCAAUGCCCCAAGGCAUGUCUUCAGUGUUCCAGUCCACGCAGACCUUUAUAGACACUGACGGUGCUGAAGUCAACGUCUCUUUGAAAGCCACCAUGGAAAACGCUGUGAUGAAAUGGUCAACGACGUGUAAUGAAAUUUUGAAUCAAACCACUUUACUGCGUUAUGCUGACGAACCUUAUCCAGUACCAAGGAAUGAGUCUGACUUCUGGAUUGCCAGAAACAAGAAUCUGGAGUCGAUAUAUGAUCAGCUUUGUGAUCCAAGAGUCAAGAAAAUGGGAGAAUAUUUGGAGUUAACGAAAAGUACUUAUGCAAAUGCGUUUCAAACCCUGUUUAAAAACAUUGUUGCCGCACUAGUGGAGUCAAGAGACAUUUGCAAAUGUCUGAAAGCUUUGAUGCCCCAUAUCAACAGAUUUGAAGAAAAUGACUUUCUGGAUACUGAACCAUAUGUGAACCCUAUGGUACACGUCAUAGGCCUUUUCUGGGCCAACUCCAAAUACUACGCACGCGCAGACCGCAUAGUCACCCUUUUCCAAAUGGUCUGCAACCUGCUCAUCGACUGCGCAGAACGAGCUCUCGACCCCAGCAGUCUGUUCCAAGGCGAACCCGACGAGAUGUACGAGAAAAUCGACACGGCCACGAAAAUCCUCGACAAAUUCCAGGACGCGUUCGAGCACGUCCGCGCGAACCUGGAUUCGUACUACAAAGACCCCACGGAGAGUACCGAAGAGAUCCCCGUACAUAAACCCUGGAAUUUCCAUCGAAGAAACGUUUUCCAGAGACUAAUUGACUUUUUGGAUCGAUUGAAUCUGGUCAAAGGCAUUUUGCAAACGUUUCUGGAUUUCAGUAAGCUGGAAAAGGUCGAGAUUGGAGGAAUUAAGGGGAGGAAUCUUUCUACAAAGUGUUUGGAGGUUUUCGACGAGUUUAACAGGGCUUAUACCUUGUUCCAAAAUAUCCAGUAUGACGUAUUAAACACCAAAGAAGAUUAUUUUUUGAAAGAUUGUCAGAAGUUUGAGAAGAUGUGUGCAGAUUUCGAUAAACGACUGGCCGCAGUAUUUACUCAAGCUUUCGAUGACUGUUACAACCUGGAGUCCAUGUUCAAGUACUUAAAUGUUGCGGGAAAUCUAUUUUCCAGAAGCUAUAUCAGCGAUCAGGUUACAGCAAAAUACACUGUUCUAACUGAUAUGUUCAACGAAGAACUGGAUACAGUGAAGGAAUUGUACGACAAAGCUAACAAAGAAGGUGUUCAAAUAGACAAAAACUAUCCUCCUGUAGCUGGAAGCAUCCUCUGGCUUGAAAGGUUGUAUAAGAGAGUGACCAAACCCGGUGAAGAGUUAAAACUGGUUGAGCACGAAGUGGUCAACAGCGAGGAUACCCAACAGGCUUUUAGGAAACUGGAGGAACUUCAAGAAAUUCUCACAAAAGAGAAGCACAGAAUCCUGGAAGAAUGGUAUCACAAAGUACCCGACCAAAUAAAAGCAAGCAUGUCAAAGUUUCAGCUGAUUAGAACAGGAAGUGAAUUGUUGAAACUGAAUUUCGAUAAUGAGUUAGAAGCGACAUUGAGGGAAGUGAAGUAUUUGAGGGACAUGGACGUGGGAGAUUUACCUCCUGAAGCUGUGCAGCUGUUUGAAAGGGUGGAGGAGCUGAGGGAAGCGAUGUUGAAGCUGAACAGGAUUAUCGAGUAUUACAAUUAUUUGAAGAAGAAGACUACUGAGGUGGAGUACAAUUUGGUAGCUGGCGAGGUUGAUGCGAUCGAUGGGUUGCUGGAAGAGGUUAUCAGCAAUUGUACCUGGGAUACUAAUGAUCAAAACGUAAUCGUCAAUAUAUACGAUCAAGUGAAAGGCUUGUACGACCGAGUAAGGCAGGCUCAACUCAACGUGAAGAAUCUCCUGGUCAACAUCAACACCUGGGCUCAACAGCCUCUCUUUGAAAGGAAAGACGGAAAGAAGGAGAACCUUCUUCAGCUUGACGAUAGAGCUGAAAGACUUCAGAGAAGAAAAGAUCAGGUUGUGGCUUCGGCGGCUGAACUUGAAAGAACGGUUGCUGACAACUACCAUUUGCUGUUCAACGUGCCUGUUGCUCCUGAUGAACCUCCACCAGAAGAAGAACCUCCCCCUGAACCCGAACCGGAACCACCGAAAAAAGGCAAAAAAGUCAAAGAAAAGAAAGGCAAGAAAGAGAAGAAAAAACAGAAAACGCCAGAAGAAAUGUUGAAAGAGGCGGAGGAAGCGGCGAAAAAAGAAGAGGAAGAACGAAUUAAAGCGGAAAAAGUCGAAAUGUGGAAACCGUACUUGAAGAAUUUGGACGAUAUGAUUAAAGAUAUAAUUCUGGCAGGCGUCCGCCUCAAUCACGAUUGCUUCUUGACCGAAAUGUACGACGCCAAUGCUUCUCCUCUGUUGGAACUUGUGAUGGAACUGCACGAACCCAACAUCGUGUUCAUUCCUUCGAUCGAUUUGGACGAACCGGUGAAUUUUCUCACGUUUAUUGAAGAUUUGCUGGAAGAUAUUUACUUAACCUGCUCGCACAUCGGCUACUCCGAUCCGGAUAAACCGGAAACGUACUACGACCUGGUUAAAGAAGACCAAGCUCGAGAAGGAGAGAAAAAUGACAUUUUUAGUAAAACUGUAUCGGCCAUGGAGGCGGCUUCACAUUUCCUGAAAGAUUUUGAGGACUAUUUUACGUUAUGGGAGGAGGAUCGGCAAGAGUUCUUGAGGCAGUUCUUGCUCUACGGACGAUUGCUGACUCUGGAGGAAUUGGAUAUGGUUGCGGAAGGGGGAGAGUCAGCUGUCAAAGAGGCGCCGCCUACGAUCAAGCAGUUCAAGGAACAAAUCGAUUAUUACGAAGAUUUAUACAAAAAGGUAGAACAAAUACCAUCCGAAAAACCUAUAUUCCCCUGGCUGCGUGUCGACGUAAAGCCUCUGCGUCAAGCCAUCCUGAAUGCGGUUUGCAAAUGGGGCAACCUGUUUAAGCAACACCUCUACGAAAGAGUCAUCAACAGCAUCGACGAGUUGGAGAACUUCAUCAAAGAAGCGAUAGCCGCCAUGCAGACCCCGCUCACCGAAGAUGACUACGAUGAGCUGAUCAAAGUCAUGGGUUACUUAUUUAAAGUUAAAGAACGACAGGUCGACACUGAUGCCAUGUUCGAACCGUUGAAGCAGAUCAUGGAUCUGUUGAAGGAGUAUAAUGUUGAAUUUCCCGAAGAAGUCACAGUGCAAUUGCACGAAUUGCCGGAUAAAUGGAUCCAGUGCAAGAAGGUGGCUGCAACGACUAAACAAACCGUGGGACCUCUCCAAGCCCUCCAAGUCAACGCCAUCAAACGGCGCAUCAAUCUCUUCGAAAUCCGACAGAACAUGUACCGAGAACAGUUCAAAAACUUCCGCUUCUUCAACUUCAACUGCCCCGACAUCUACCGCCUGUUCGACAAAACCCACUCGCAACUCUUCGAACUGGAAGCCGAACGAGACAAACUUCAAGAACAGGCAAACCUGUUUGAACUAACCUUGCCCGAGUUCAAACCUUUAAAGGCUUGCAGGAAGGAACUAAAGCAACUGAAGCAGCUGUGGGACUUCGACAACGUUGCCAUGUCGUGCAUUGACGAGUGGAAGUUGACGCCUUGGAAGAAGAUUGACGUGGAGAACAUGGAGAUGGAGUGUAAGAAGUAUGGAAAGGAGAUGAGGCAGAUGGAUAAGGAAAUUAAGGGAUGGGAUGCGUACGUGCAGAUGGACGCGUCUAUUAAGAACAUGCUGACGUCGCUUAGGGCAGUGACGGAGCUGCAGAACCCGGCUAUAAGGGACAGGCAUUGGAUUCAGCUGAUGCAAGCUACGAAGGUGAAGUUCGUGAUGAACGACGACACCACACUCAGCGACCUGCUGGCUUUGAACUUACACGAAUUCGAAGACGAAGUAAAAAAUAUAGUGGAUAAAUCCGUCAAAGAAAUGGCAAUGGAGAAGGUUUUGAAAGAACUGAACGCUACCUGGAAUGUGCUUGAGUUUGGUACAGACUCACACGAAAGAACGCAUCUCAGGAUCCUGACAAUCUCCGAAGAAACCAUAGAAACACUGGAAGAAAACCAGGUGGCUUUACAAAACAUGAUGACUUCCAAGUUCAUUGAUUUCUUCCUGGGUGAAGUGUCGGAAUGGCAGAAGAAAUUGGGCAACGCUGAUCAAGUUAUCCAAGUCUAUUUCGAAGUACAAAGGAAGUGGAUGUAUCUUGAGAGUAUAUUCAUUGGAUCUGAGGAUAUAAGAAGUCAACUUCCCGAAGAUUCAAAGAGAUUUGAUAGGAUAGACAGGGAAUUUAAGGACGUUUUGAGUGAAAUGCUUAAAACCCCCAACAUAGUUAAAGCAACUAACAAGCCAGGACUAUACGAAAAGCUCGAGGGUUUACUGAACGAACUCACCCUUUGCGAGAAGGCUUUGAACGAUUACCUUGAAACAAAACGCCUGGCAUUUCCCAGGUUUUAUUUCGUAUCUUCUGCAGACUUGCUUGACAUCCUGUCAAAUGGAAACCAACCAGAUCUCAUUCAGAGGCACUUAACGAAGUUGUUUGAUUCUUUGGGGAAGUUGGUGUUUAUCCAGGAAGGUGGCAAGAAUUCAAAGAGGGCCAAAGAGAUGAUAUCGAAGGAGAACGAAGAGCACGUGCCGUUCGCCAGUGUGUGCGAUUGCAGUGGCAAAGUGGAGAUGUGGUUAAACCGUGUGAUCGAUGUGAUGAGGGCGACGUUGCUCAAGCUGUUCGCCGAGGCUGUGAUUACUUACGAUGAAAAACCUAGGGAGGUUUGGAUUUAUGAUUAUCCCGCGCAGCCUGCAUUGUGUGGUACUCAGAUUUGGUGGACCACCGAGGUCAACAUGGCGUUCGGUCGCUUGGAAGAAGGCUACGAGAACGCCUUGAAAGACUACCAAAGAAAGCAAAUCAACCAAUUGAGCGCCCUCAUCAACCUGUUGCUAGCAGACUUGACAGCGGGCGACAGACAGAAAAUCAUGACAAUCUGCACCAUAGACGUGCACUCCAGGGAUGUGGUGGCCAAGAUGAUAAUGGUCAAAGUCGAGAACGCGCAGGCGUUCCAGUGGCAGAGCCAGCUGAGGCAUCGUUGGGACGAGAAAGAAAAAGAUUGUUUCGCGAACAUUUGCGACGCUCAGUUCCGGUAUUCGUACGAAUAUUUGGGAAACACGCCGAGAUUGGUUAUAACACCGUUGACGGACCGGUGUUAUAUCACACUGACCCAAAGUUUGCACUUGAUAAUGGGUGGAGCCCCUGCAGGUCCAGCUGGUACAGGUAAAACAGAAACAACGAAGGAUUUGGGUAAAGCCUUGGGCAUGAUGGUAUACGUCUUCAAUUGUUCCGAGCAAAUGGAUUACAAAUCAAUCGGAAAUAUUUACAAGGGUUUGGCUCAAACCGGCUGCUGGGGUUGUUUCGACGAGUUCAACAGAAUUUCCGUUGAAGUACUGUCAGUGGUGGCGGUACAAGUAAAAAUCAUUCAAGACGCCAUCAAAGAUAAGAAGAAGAGAUUUAUGUUUUUGGGUCAAGAUAUCAACUUGGUUCCAACCGUUGGCCUCUUUAUCACGAUGAACCCCGGAUACGCCGGCAGAACGGAACUUCCAGAAAACUUGAAGGCUCUGUUCAGACCCUGCGCCAUGGUAGUACCGGAUUUCGCCUUGAUCUGCGAAAUUAUGUUGGUCGCCGAAGGUUUCCAAGAAGCCAGACUACUAGCAAGAAAAUUCAUCACCCUCUACACCCUAUGUAAAGAACUACUCAGUAAACAGGAUCAUUACGAUUGGGGUUUGAGAGCUAUCAAGUCUGUACUGGUAGUAGCAGGUUCCUUGAAACGCGGCGACAAACAAAGACCGGAAGAUCAAGUACUGAUGAGGGCACUGAGAGAUUUUAAUAUUCCUAAAAUCAUCACCGAUGACGUUCCUGUAUUUAUGGGGUUGAUAGGUGACUUGUUUCCAGCUCUGGACGUACCAAGGAAAAGAAACCCGGACUUUGAAAAAAUGAUCAAAAAGACAGCGGUUGAAAUGAAGUUACAACCUGAAGAAGGAUUUGUACUUAAGAUAGUACAGUUAGAAGAAUUAUUUGCAGUGAGACAUUCAGUUUUCAUUAUCGGGUUUGCCGGGACUGGAAAAUCUAUGGUCUGGAAGUGCCUUAUGAGAACCUACGGUAGUUUGAAACUCAAACCUUUUUAUAACGAUCUUAACCCUAAAGCUGUGACAAACGAUGAAUUGUUUGGGGUAAUAAAUCCAUCGACUAGAGAAUGGAAAGAUGGCUUGUUCUCAGUGAUCAUGAGAGAUCAAGCAAACAUGUCUGGAGAUGGUCCGAAAUGGAUUGUGCUUGACGGUGAUAUAGAUCCUAUGUGGAUUGAAUCACUAAACACGUUGAUGGAUGACAAUAAAGUACUUACCUUGGCUAGCAACGAACGUAUAGCUUUAACGAGAAACAUGAGAUUGCUGUUUGAAAUUGCAAACCUAAGAACUGCCACUCCAGCUACAGUGUCCAGAGCGGGAAUACUCUAUAUUAAUCCAGCGGAUUUAGGCUGGAACCCUUUCGUAGCUUCGUGGAUCGAUACCCGAACUAUCCAGAGCGAAAAGGCUAACUUGAUGAUCUUAUUCGAUAAGUAUGUUCCUCCCUGUUUGGAGGUUGUUCACAAAAAAGUUAAAAAAAUCACCCCGAUAAGUGACAUAGCUCACUUACAAAUGCUGUGUAGUCUCCUGGAUUGUUUUCUAACCCCUCAAAAUGUCCCGGCAGAUUGUCCCAAAGAGUGGUACGAAAUAUACUUCGCUUUUUCGGUGGUUUGGGCGUUUGGUUCAGCGUUGUUUCAAGACCAGAUCAUCGACUGGAGGAACGAGUUUAGUAAAUGGUUUACCAACGAGUUUAAAACUGUAAAAUUCCCGAUUGGUGGAAACGUUUUUCAGUAUUAUAUCGAAUCCGAAACUAAACGUUUUGUACCUUGGACCGAGCUAGUACCGGAAUUUGAACUGGACCCUGACCUUCCCCUGCAGGCAACGUUGGUUAGUACCGCCGAAACAAGCAGGAUUAGAUUUUUCGUAGAUCACUUGGUUUCCAUGAAGGUUCCUGUGAUGUUGGUUGGACCUGCUGGUAGUGGUAAAACCGUAAUAAUUCAGGAAAAACUAAAUUCCUUGACUGAACAAUAUUCUGUGACUAAUGUACCGUUUAAUUUUUAUACCACUUCUGAAAUGUUGCAAAGAAUCCUGGAAAAACCUUUGGAGAAAAAGGCUGGAAAAGUAUACGGACCUCCGGGAAACAAAACGAUGAUAUACUUUAUAGAUGACAUGAAUAUGCCUGAAGUUGAUAAGUAUUUCACCGUACAACCUCACACUCUUCUGAAACAGUGGAUGGAUUACCAACAUUGGUACGAUCGUCAAAAGUUAACCUUGAAAGAAAUCCAUAAUGUCCAGUUUAUCUCUGGCAUGAACCCCACCGCUGGGUCUUUUACCAUCGAUCCCAGAUUACAAAGACAUUUCUGCGUGUUUGCAGUGAGUUUUCCUUCAGAGGAAAACUGCCUGCAUAUUUACAAUUCUAUUUUUAGACAGCACCUGGAGAACCCUCAUUAUAAAUUCAACAUGGCGGUUCAAAAAUUAUGUCCAACCCUUGUUCAAGCUGCCUAUACACUACACAGUAAGAUGGGCCAAACCUUCUUACCCACAGCUGUGAAGUUUCAUUACAUUUUCACCCUGAGAGACUUGUCAAAUAUAUUCCAAGGAAUGUUAUUUACCACAGGGGCAGCUAUCAUUAAUAACGCCACUUUUAUAAGGCUUUGGAUGCAUGAAGCUUACAGAGUCUAUGGUGACAAACUUGUUGAACGUCGGGACAUGGAUACUUUUAACAAACUUAUGAUCGAAACUGUCAAAAAAGGUUUUGAGGACAUCGACGAAAAUGUGAUUUUCGAAAAACCACUGAUAUUCUGUCAUUUUGCUGAAGGCAUAGGAGACCCGAAAUACUUUCCUUUAAAUGAAUUUGAUCGUUUGACUCACUUACUUCACGAGGCUCUUUCUGGAUACAACGAUUUAGUAGCGGCGAUGAAUUUAGUGCUGUUUGAAGACGCCAUGUACCACAUUUGCAGGAUCAAUCGAAUUCUGGAAGCACCAAGAGGAAACGCUUUACUGGUUGGUGUAGGAGGAUUCGGAAAGCAAUCCUUAACCAGACUGGCAGGGUUUAUUUCCUCGUUUGAAAUAUUCCAAAUCCAGCUUAAAAAAGGUUACUCUAUGAACGAUAUGAAAACCGACAUAGCCUCUUUAUAUCUUAAGGCAGGACUGAAGAGUGUAGGUAUAGUUUUCUUGAUGACAGAUGCCCAAGUUCCUGAUGAAUCUUAUUUAGUUUUGAUUAAUGACGUUCUGGCUUCUGGUGAAAUCAGUGAGUUAUUGCCUGAUGAAGAUGUUGAAAACGUUUUGGGAGCUAUGCGAGGUGAAGUGAAGAACAUUGGGCUACAAGACACUAGAGAGAAUUGUUGGAAGUUCUUUAUAGAUCGAGUAAGAAGAUUGCUGAAGGUUGUUUUAUGUUUCUCACCGGUUGGUUCAACUCUUAGAGUACGAGCUAGGAAAUUUCCUGCUUUAGUAAACUGCACGUCUAUCGAUUGGUUUCACGACUGGCCUAGAGAAGCUCUUGAAUCGGUAUCUAAAAGGUUCCUAGCUGAAAUCGAGGUACUUCCAGAGAAUUUGGUAAACUCCGUGUCGCUUUUUAUGUCGCACGUUCACGGAGUGGUGAACAAUUUCUCAGAAAUCUACCUAACAAACGAAAAAAGAUACAACUAUACUACCCCUAAGUCGUUCUUAGAACAGAUUGAUUUAUAUGCGAAACUUUUAACAGAGAAAACAGCGGAAAUCUUUGAAAGUAUUACCAGACUUCAAAACGGUUUAACAAAACUUGCUUCGACUUCUGAAGAAGUUGAUGGGCUAAAGGAGGUUUUAGCCGAGCAAGAGGUGGAACUGACCGAAAAAAAUGCCGCUGCUGGUGCCUUAAUUGAGGUACUUACAGUAGAAAACGAGAAAGUUGCCGUAGAACAAGCAUCAGCGAGCGAAGAAGAAGCUAAAGUAAAAGUAAUCGAAGAAGACGUAUCCGUUAAAGCCAAAGUUUGCGCUGAAGAUCUCGCUAAAGCCGAGCCAGCUCUUUUAGCCGCUCAAGCAGCUUUAAACACACUAAACAAGAACAAUUUGACCGAGUUAAAGUCUUUUGGUAGUCCUCCCGAAGCUGUAGUGUCCGUUUGCGCAGCUGUCUUGGUGUUGUUCUCGAAAAAAGGCAAAAUUCCUAAAGACCGCAGUUGGAAAGAAUGCAAGACGAUAAUGAACAAAGUAGAUCAAUUUCUGUCCGAUUUGAUCAACUACGACAAGGAGAAUAUGCAACCCGAAGUCGUCAAAGCUACGUUGGAGUACACUAAAGAUCCAGGUUUUAAUCCCGCCAACAUUCUAAGCAAAUCAGUUGCAGCUGCUGGUCUAUGCGCUUGGGUUAUAAACAUUUUGAAGUUCUACGAGGUUUUCGUGGUGGUCGAACCAAAAAGAAAGGCUUUGGCUGCUGCGAACAAGGAACUGUCAGAAGCUCGAGCUAAACUGGCCGAGUUAAAAGACAAAUUGGACAAGUUGGAGAAGCAACUGUCAAUUUUAAGAGCCGAAUUCGAAGAAGCUACGAAUGCCAAGCUGAAAUGUCAGGCGGAAGCAGAUGCUACUGCCAACAUGAUCGAUUUAGCUAACCGAUUAGUAAACGGUCUAGCUUCAGAAAACAUACGCUGGAGACAACUGAUCAAGGAUUACACAGCGAGUGUUGUAACUAUACCCGGCGACAUACUGUUAGUUACGGCUUUCAUAUCGUAUCUUGGUUGUUUUACUAAAAAAUAUCGAGUGGAUAUGCUCGAAAAGCACUGGAGACCGUACUUUAACACUCUGGAAAUUCCCAUUCCUAUGACAGAAGGGCUAGAUCCGAUGACUCUACUCACAGACGACGCUCUAAUAGCCCAAUGGAACAACGAAGGCUUACCAACUGAUAGAAUGUCAGCGGAAAAUGCUUGCAUUUUGACCAAUUCCAGUCGUUGGCCUUUAAUGAUCGACCCCCAACUCCAGGGCAUCAAAUGGAUCAAGACCAAGUACGGUGACAAGUUAAAAGUGGUCAGGACCUCUCAAAAAACGUACCUGGAUAUAAUCGAGACUUGUAUUUCUGACGGAGAAACCGUGCUGAUUGAGAACAUUGGGGAAACACUAGAUGCAGUGCUUGACCCGGUGUUGGGUAGAGUACUUGUGAAAAAAGGCAAGUGUAUUAAAAUUGGAGAUAAGGAAGUUGAUUUUGAUCCAAGAUUUCGGUUAAUUCUUCACACGAAGUUGGCCAACCCACAUUACAAGCCUGAAAUCCAAGCUCAAACGACUCUAAUUAAUUUUACAGUGACCAGAGAUGGACUAGAAGAACAGUUAUUGGCGGAGGUGGUCAAAUCCGAACGCCCAGACUUGGAGAAACUAAAAUCAACUCUUACUAAACAACAAAACGAUUUUAAAAUUACUUUGAAAACAUGCGAGGAUAAUCUAUUAUACAAGUUAUCAUCAGCUACAGGUAAUAUUUUAGGAGACGUAGAAUUGGUGUUAAAUUUGGAAACAACCAAGAGAACUGCCAAUGAAAUAGCGUUAAAGGUUGAUGAAGCUAAAAUAACUUCAGUAAAAAUUGAUGAAGCUAGGGAACAAUACCGACCUUGCGCUGCUAGAGCUUCACUUUUGUAUUUCAUUCUAAACGACCUGUUUAGAAUUAACAUGAUCUACCAGUUCUCUUUGAAAGCUUUCAGCGUGGUGUUCAAGGAUGCUCUUAAACGAGCCACUCCAGCAGAAAAACUGAAAGACCGUGUAGUGAAUUUGCUCGAUAACAUAACUUUUUCUGUGUAUAUGUAUACUAGCAGAGGACUGUUUGAAUGUGACAAGCUGAUAUUCAUGGCACAAAUGACUUUUCAGAUAUUUAUACAGCUUGGAGAAAUCAAUCCAGAGGAGCUAGACUUUUUGUUGAGGUUUCCAGUCAUAGCUAAUCUUUCCUCACCUGUUGAUUUCCUAAAUAAUAUUUGCUGGGGAGGUAUUAAAGCUUUAUCUCUUAUGGAUGAGUUCAAAAGCUUGGAUAAGGAUUUGGAAGGCUCGGCAAAACGUUGGAGAAAGUUCGUGGAAAGUGAAUGUCCGGAAAAAGAAAAAUUUCCUGGAGAAUGGAAGAACAAAACUACGUUACAGAGACUCUGCAUUAUGAGGUGUUUGAGGCCUGACAGAAUGACUUACGCUGUAAGUCUUUACAUUGUGGAGAAGCUGGGUAGUAAAUACAUCACAGCCAGAUCUGUGGCUUUCGAGAAAUCUUACGAGGAAACCAGUUCCUCUACUCCAGUGUUCUUUAUUCUAUCGCCUGGAGUGAAUCCCUUGAAGGAUGUGGAAAGGAUGGGCAAGAAGCUUGGGUUUAAAUUGGACAGUGGUAAUUUCCACAGUGUGUCUUUGGGACAGGGUCAGGAAGUUGUGGCUGAGAGUGCCAUGGACUUGGCAGCUCAAGACGGUCACUGGGUUAUUCUUCAAAACAUCCACUUAGUCAUGAAAUGGCUAGCGACCUUGGAGAAGAAAAUGGAGCAAUGUGCCGAGAGUGGACACGAAAACUACAGGCUCUAUUUAAGUGCUGAACCGUCAUCUGAUCCACACACCUGCGUGAUACCUCAGGGAAUCCUGGAGUCGUCCAUUAAGAUUACCAACGAGCCUCCUACCGGGAUGUACGCGAACCUGCACAAAGCUCUGGAUAAUUUCACUCAGGAAACGUUGGAAAUGAGUUCUAAAGAAGCCGAAUUUAAGGCCAUCCUAUUUGCGUUAUGCUAUUUUCACGCCGUUGUAGCUGAGAGGAGGAAGUUUGGUCCUCAGGGAUGGAACAGGAACUAUCCUUUUAACGUUGGUGACCUUACCAUUAGCGUGAGCGUGUUGUACAAUUAUUUGGAGAGUAAUAAUAAGGUACCGUUUGAAGAUUUGCGGUACUUAUUUGGAGAGAUUAUGUAUGGAGGACAUAUCACAGAUGACUGGGAUAGAAGACUAUGUCGCAGUUACCUUUUGAACUACAUGCAAUCUGAGCUGAUUGAGGGUGAUCUUCAAUUUGCACCAGGUUUCUUUGCACCACCCAAUACCGACUACGUAGGAUAUCAUAGGUAUAUAGACGACCGAUUACCUCCUGAGAGCCCCUAUUUGUACGGCCUGCACCCCAACGCAGAAAUCGGCUUUUUGGCCAGCACUUCUGAGAACAUGUUCAGAACAAUAUUCGAGAUGCAGCCUAGGGAUUCCAGUGCUGCAGCUGGAGCUGGAAUGUCCAGAGAAGAAAAAGUAAGAAAUACGCUGGAAGAAAUCUACGACAAACUUCCCGAAGAAUUCCCAGUGGCGGAAAUGAUGGCCAAAGUCGAAGAACGCACCCCUUACAUAAUAGUAGCGUUCCAAGAGUGCGAACGCAUGAACAACCUGACCAGGGAGAUGAAACGGUCACUACACGAGCUCGAUGGGGGUCUGAAAGGCGAACUGACCAUCACGUCGGACAUGGAAGUCUUGGAAGAGUCGCUUUUCAUGGACCAGGUACCGGAUUCGUGGUCGGUGAAGGCGUAUCCGAGUUUGCUGCCUCUCGGACAGUGGGUUGGUGAUUUGACGUUGAGAAUCAAAGAAUUGGAGGGAUGGGUUUCAGACUUUUCCAUGCCAGCUGCCGUCUGGUUGGGCGGUUUCUUCAACCCACAAUCUUUUUUGACAGCUAUCAUGCAACAAACCGCCAGGAAGAACGAAUGGCCUUUGGACAAGAUGUGUCUGAUGACUGACGUGACCAAGAAGCAAAAGGAAGACUUCAAUACGGCGCCCAGAGAGGGAGCAUACGUACAUGGCUUGUUCAUGGAAGGAGCUAGAUGGGAUGUACAACUCAACAGUAUAGCAGACUCGAAACUGAAAGAACUGUUCCCUGUGGUACCGGUUAUAUUCAUCAAGGCCAUCACCCAGGACAAGCAGGACUUGAGAAACAUGUACGACUGUCCGGUGUACAAGACUAGAAUGCGAGGUCCAACCUUCGUUUGGACGUUCAAUUUAAAAACGAAAGAAAAAGCUUUAAAAUGGACUUUGGCCGGAGUAGCCAUUUUGUUACAAGUUUAACGGGAGUAUUUUAUAAUGUAUUUUGAUGUUUGUUAUUUAUUGUUGUUUACAAGUUAUUAGCUUAAUGUAAUUUUGAGAAUUUAUUAAAAUGUUAUUAUUGAUUUA